AUGGACGACUAUGUUUUCCUCGAAGACGUCGGACGCGCCGUUGAAGACUUUGGCCGCGAGAUCGCGCGUAACGGGCUCGCUUCCACUUCUGCUACUAUCGCCCCUACGGGAAUGCGUGGGAGAGGGCGAGGGCGGGGAAGGGGCGGUGCUGGAGGUGUCGGGAGGGGAAGGCCGAAUAGCAAGCGCGAUGUGCUCAAACUGCAACUUGAGGCACGGGAUAUAGAAGUUGAGAUGCUACCGCCAGGAAUGCAUCGCCGCACGCUCAAUCAGUCUACGUGGGACUUCAAAAACCAAACGGCGCUCCUGACCAUUGAAUUCCGUUUACACACUCCUGCCGACGCUACGACCGAGGGCAAUUCGGAUACAAUGCCGCAUGCAUUGCUUAUUCAUCGCUGUCCGCUUACCGCAACUCCCUUGGCUUUGCUUCAGGCGCACAUGAUAGAUCGCACGAAACCACCAGGACGCGGCUCUUCCAGGAAGAAAAGCAAGAAGGGCCGUCCGAUGGAUACAGACGACAAUAGCGCCGAUGUGUUACCCCCCUGGCUCGCCCCGCUCGUGCUUCCGCACCCAGGCGUACCAGAUGCAUUUGAACUGCCGACAUUCUUCAUACGCGCGACACAUAAUCCCUACACCUCCGUGUCAGGAGCCGAAGACCGGUAUGUUAUGGUCGACGGUCAGACUCCGCUCUCGCGUAUUCUCAAGGGUCAAACAUUCGUUGAGUUCCCAACUCUCGAGGUGUGCGAAUCAGGCGCGAUGCCGGAGCGCCCCGCUGGGAACGAACUAGAGGGAAGACCGCAGAAGAGGCGAAAAAUUGAUGUCAAGGGAGGACGGAAAGCUAUCGGGGCACUCGUAGGGGCGUAUGGCAGCGAUAGCGAGGGAGACGAUCAAGAGCAGGAAGUUGGACAAGGGUUUGACAUAUCUUUGGGAGAAAUAGGAGAGUAUGUGGAUGAAGAGGACGCGGAAUCGCGUGGGGACGAUGGAGAUGUAGACGGAGUGCAGGACGAGGCGGAAGGAGAGGCGGAAGAAGACGUGCGGACAUUCUCGGAUCCGGGCACUGGGGGAGAGGAGGGUGGGGAGCUUCCAGGACCUGUCGACUAUGCUGCUCUGCUGGAUAUCGUCCACCAGCAGGGAGUCACACAGAGUGUCGAUGUUGACUGGGGCUCAGAUGCAGAGGGAUAG